AUGCCAAACCCCGACAACGGAGACGACGUGAUGGAUAUCGAAUCAUGUAUCGACAAUCCUAUCCUGGCACCCUUGGGUCGUCAUGUCAACAAGAGAAGGACACAUAAACGAGCCGACAAGGGUCACAUCGACAUCAACGUCAUGCCACCGACUUCGACGUCCACGUUCAUUCAAGAACAAGAGCGCGAGUCUCACGCCCCAGUAACGUCUUUGAUUCUGCGUCGGAGAAGACUCGACUGUGCACAGCUCGACAACUACCUCCGGAACCUGCAGCCCACGCUCGAUCCACAGACCAUGUCGAUCCUUCAGUCACCCCUCCUCCAUUUGACUGAAUUGGACUUGUCACGAAACCGUCUCGAGUCGCUCCCGGACCAGAUUAUGUCGCUGGUCCCUCAUCUCAACUACCUGAACCUGUCGCAUAACCUCUUCACAGAAAUCCCCCUUGAGCUCUGCCAGUUGACGGAACUGCAAGUCCUUAUCAUGUCGCAGAACCGGAUCCAUGGCCCUGUCCCUGACAAGAUCUGCUCCCAUCUCACACAACUCAAAACGCUCAAGCUCUGUGCCAACCAAAUCACGUCACUACCCGACUCUCUCGCGCAUCUCAACAAACUCGAGUCUUUGUCGAUGGGCUCUGUCUACGGUGGCAAUCUCCUGACGACCUUCCCUGCCGGUUGUAUCCGGUUCAUGACAUCCCUGCGUGAACUAGACCUGAGCCACAAUAAGCUCCGAUUCCUUCCCGUCGACGUUGGCCACCCCCACUCGCAUCUGCGCCAGUUGGUCGCCUCUGACAACACGUUGGAGGCCAUCCCUAAGUCGAUUGGUCUCUGCCGCGAACUGAGAAGCCUGAACCUGGGCCGCAAUCAGCUCACCAGCCUGCCGACCGAGAUUGCCGAUCUUAAGCAGCUCGACACCCUUGACCUGAGCGAGAACUUGCUCUGCGUCAUCCCUGGAGAUGUGGCUGACUUUCUGACAAAGACGACUCUCUUGCUGACGGGUAAUCCCUUCACUCGAGGCUACUGUGACGCUAGCAGAAACCCUGUGAGCGCAAUUGGUGGGCUGGGAAUCAAUAAUCCGUCCGAUGAAGAGCGCUACUCGGCCGUCCUCAAGAGUCUUUCCAGGCGAGCGAUCCUCAACUCUGCUGCCUCCUCUUCCUCCUCUCAUACUCUCACACUGGCCCGUCCCGGUGGAGCAAGAGAGUCGCCUCGACUGACCCCCACUACUGGCACCGACGCCGAGAAUGACUACGAGAUGGACCAAGAUGAGAGGUUGGAUUAUCAUUUGUAUUAUACCCGCCAUGCCCUGUCAUCGAGGCCCCCGUCGCGCGCAGAGUCUAUCAGCAGCUUGAAUGAGCUCGGUACUGCUGGCAGCGACUAUGGCAGCUCCUAUGGUGGCUCGUGGAUGGACCCAUACGGUUCUGGCACUGGCACCUCAACUCCAAGGGUCAACGUCGAAGCCGUCGUAUCGGACAUCGACUCGUUCUUUGACUACUUCCCUUCUUCCUUGGCCACAAGCACCAACAGCACGGUCACGACAGCGAUCUCUUCAAGUUCCUUGACAGUGGAGCCGUCCAUCUUUGACAGCACACUCUCAGAGUCGCCGUUGUCAGCCUUAAGUCAACCACCGCUGUCCGCCCCUGUUGUGGCGCUCGGAUCUCCUCUCUCACCCGAUGUAGCGGAGGAAUCGACUCAGUCUCAAGAUUAUGCCGUGACAAUGCCACAGUACCACAGCGACACUCCCCUCCAAGGUGGACAGCCUGUGGCGUCUUCUGCGCCCAGCUUCUUCCCCACUUUGAAGGAACUGGCCGCGAGAGCAGUUCUUCACGGUGGCAAACCCCUGCCACUCGAGUACAUCCCUGAGUCGAUCGUCGACUACUUGCAGCCUGGAGCGAGACCCUGCGCGUGGUGUCGAAGACCUUAUGCCAAGGAGUGGGUCAGCUCUGUCCGUGUCAAGUCCUAUCUCGGCCACCCCGCUGUCGCCAGACGUGUCCGGUUCUGUUCAGUAGCCUGUUGGAAGACUGCGAGUGCACAACUAGAGGCCGAGGAGGCCUCUGGACUUAAUGCUCUUGUCACAUCUCCAGGGGCUACGACGGGCCACCUCCCACCUGUGGUGACGGUCCACUCAGUAGGCAGUGACAACCAAGACGGUGAACUGCCUCCAUAUCUGCUGGACUCGUCUUUCCCUUCGCCGCCAGCACCUCUGGGCUCGUCCAUGUCCCGACUCGACGCGAUGAUGCAGGGAAUGAAGGUCUGCAAGGGAGGACAGACGUACUGGCCAGUGAUUGCGCGCGAGCGGCGUUCACCGACACCACCACUCAUCCAACACACUGUUGAUUCUACGGGAUCGAUUGCGCCCACUACCGAGGUCAGCAAGCGAGACACAAGCGUUUGUUCUGGUCGCUGUCUUGGUGGUAGCGUUUGCGAGUGGUAA